GCCAAGCGAUCGACAUCGAGUGUUCCCGUCGAUCGAUACAGGAUUUUUCAUCACGGAGGAGCCAUCGUACAUACGAACAAACGAGAACAGAAGACCAGCUGAUACGAUCUUCCACUGCUGAGAAUUAGGGAGUUCAGGGAAGAUGGAAAAGGAACAGCCGGAUUCCUUGGCCACCGUCGCCGUCGUCUCAGAGAAGAUGCCGCAGCCUCAUAGCAAUUACGCGCCCAGCGAGGUUUACUCCUCCGCCGAACCACCGCCGGCGUAUAUGAGGCCGAAAAGUACGGCAGUACAAAUCGCAAGGAUCGCGGCUGUCACUUUGGUGACGAUGUCCGUCGUCCUUGGAAGCUUCAUCCUAGCCUCCUCCUGGGUCCAAGCUCGCGCGUCUUGUACUCCCGAAUCGAUUGCCGCGAUGCAAGCAGAACUGCAGCUUCAACAACAACAGCAACAACCUUCUGUUACUUAUCAACAAGGUGAAUUCUUAAAGCAUUUGCAACCAGAAGCACUCAUUCAGGAUACGAGCGAGACGAAGGAGACGCAACAAAGUCUAGCAGAGCAAAUGCCAACAAAAAAGGAGAUUGAGCCAGAUACCAAGGUCAUAAAAGUACAAAAAGAAGAUGAAAAUAAUUCGAAGUCGGACAACGACAGUGGCGACAAUGACGACGAAGAAGAUGACUACGAUGACGACGAGUUCCCUCCUGUGCACAUUAAACUACCCCUUCAGUUCGAUUUUGACGAAAUUGCGGGCACUUUGAUUCAAGAAGCACGCAGCAGAGUUUCUUGUGUGGUAGAAAGGCGAAGAGCUGAUCAAGUAAUGGACGGUGCUAACAAUAAUAAUGUGGAGAACAAUACCGAUUCUCGUUAUCAGAGACUCAGUGGUGAACGCGUUGCUAUUCUCUGCGAAUCUGGAAAUCCUCAUCAGCAACAACAAGAGCAAGAAAUGCUGACCCCAAUCAUUAUUCCCUUGGGAACCAUUCAAGUACCCCUUCAAUCUCAGGAGCCAAACCCAGGCUACAAUCAGUACCAAGUGCACACUCAAUAUCAAGUUCCUGACAUGCAGCAGUUGCCCCUUAGCGACCCGCGUGGGUUGAACCAUAUCCCACCUGGUGUUCUUCCUCCUGAACUGCGAAAUCUUCCUCAAGUGAACAUUGAAAUAAGGCCACCACGAAUGGGACCGCAGACACCUAUGAUGGGACCGCAAAAUCCUGCCAUGGGACCCCAAAUUGAAGUGCGCCGAAUUCCCAUCGAGCUGCGCCACUUCCCGGUGAAUUCCAUAAGAGCCAUGCAACCACCGAUGCCCCAAGGAUCACAGAUGAUGUACCAACAAGUUGAGCAAACGCCUGGAGUAUACGGUCAAGAACAAGGUUCAAUUAUGAUGCCACCACCUGCGCCACAACAAGAGGCUCAAGUACACGAACAAAGAGUUAUUCCUCACAUGAUGAUCCCACAAACCGAACAGCGACCACCUCAAAUGCAGCCUCAAAUGCAACCUCAGAUGCAACCUCAGAUGCAACCUCAGAUGCAACCUCAGAUGCAUCCCCAGGUACAACUUCAGAUGCAACCUCAUUCUCAACCACAGGCACAGCUUCAAAUUCCUGAGAAACUGCGACCUCCCUUCCAAGGAAUUCCAUUCGAAAUUCGAAGGAUUAUUCAGGAAGUACCGUUAGAGAUCAAGAAUAUCAUUGAACAUAUCACUGGCGAAACCAGACAGGUUCCUGUGCAAGUACCGGAAGGUGCACGCCGUGAGAACAUUCAAGAGUUCAAACCGUUUCCGGAAGGAGCACAGCACAUUCCUCUAGGUCUUCCACUUCCGGUAGAGGUCCGAAAUCUAUUGGAGCAUGGAAAUAUCGAGGGUCGUCAGAGGUCGGAUGGGUCUAACGAACAACAAGAAGCUAAACCUUUCCCUGGACCGGAAGACGACAGCGAGGAGGAAAAGAACUUCCCUGUACCUGCGGGAAUCCGUAAUAUAAUUCACCAGGUCGUAGAAGGAAAUGCUUUCCCAGUGCCAAGAUUCACAUUGCCGUUAAGACCGGUAGAAUCUUUGGAAAUACCCGUUGAAGCUCGUGCUGAAGUAACUGACGGUCAAAAUUCACAACAAGAAUCAGAACACCGAUCACAGGAACAGCAGCAAACUCAUAUGAUGAUGCAACAACAACAGCAGCAGCAAAUGCAACAACAACAACAACAAGAACCAGAAGAAGAAAGCCGUCCGCACUAUGUGCAGCCCCGUUCCGUGCGUUCCAUUCCGGAGGCCUUCACCCACCGCCGCGAGAAACGCGUCCGUCGUUGCGCAUGUGAUUGCGCUUGUUAAUUGCAUCUCCAGCAUACCGGAUCGAAUAUCUCGUCGUACCCGGCCGAACGGAUUGUCCUAAAAAGAGAAAUGUCCACCCAGAAGAACGUCAGACGAGUUUCCGCAGCCCGACAGGACACUUUGUAUUUUUUCUUUUAAAUUUCACAUUUUUAUGAACUUUCACUGCAAACUUACGAGCAGGUACCAAGAAAUCCAAUGACAUAGGGAUAGGAAGUCGCAGAGAUUAAAAGCGUUUCUUUAAGUUCGUAGUAUUUACCACACUCGUAGAACAACGGAAUCGAAUAUUUGUUUUAUUUAGGUUAAUCGUACUGCUUUGAUAAAAAAAAAAAUAAAGUAAUAAAAAGACACUGCAUGGCUUUAAUGUCAUCGUAAAAUGUAGAAAUUUGUAUCGAAUGUUAGACUGCCUAAGUAGUGGCGAGGAGACUUAUUGAUAUCAGUGACAUUCUAUGAGCUAAUAUGCCUGCAUCGGCGUGGGCGGAUUAAUUUUAUUAUUACAUUUUUUUGGCGUGAUAACAAUUGUAUAGAUGGAGAAAA